CAUGGAGUCCAUAUGUUCCUACCCUCGCCCUCUCCGUUUCGUUCCUCCUCCUUCUCCUUGUCAAAGUCUUCCUCUUCCCCUCCCCUUCUUCAAAGAAGAACCUAUCACCCCCAAGCCCUCCUCUCUUCCAAUCAUCGGCCAUCUCCACCUCUUCAAGAAGCCCCUCCACCGCACCCUCGCCGGCCUCUCCGCCCGGUACGGCCCCGCCCUCCUCCUCCGCUUCGGCUCCCGCCCGGUUGUCGUCGUCUCCUCCGCCCCCCUCGCCGAGGAGUGCUUCACAAAGAAUGACAUCGCCUUCGCCAACCGCCCCCAGCUCCCCUCGAACCGCCGCCUCACCUAUAACUUCACCACACUCGCCUCCGCCCCCUACGGUCCCCACUGGCGCAACCUCCGCCGCAUCGCCACCGUCGAGCUCCUCUCCUCCGCCCGCCUCCAAUCCCUUUCCGACAUCCGAGCCGAGGAGGUCCGGGCUUUGAUGAGCCGGCUGUUCCGCGAAUCCGGUGGCAGGCAUGCCGAGUUUGCGAAGGUGGAGCUCAAGCCGAGGCUGUUCGGGUUGACGCUGAACGUGAUGAUGAGGACCAUCGCCGGGAAGAAGUAUUAUAGAGAGAACAUGGCAAGCUCCGAGGAGUCGGCACAGUUCAUGGAGAUGGUGGAGCAGCUCUUGGCGGUGGUUGGUGCGUCGAAUCUCGCCGACUUCCUUCCAAUACUGAGGGUGUUAGACUUCCAGGGGCUGAACCGGAGGAUCGAUAGACUCGACAAGAAGAGAGAUGAGAUCUUGCAAGGACUGAUUGAUGAGCACCGAAGGAAGGGCGGCGGUGAAGGCGAAGAGAGCAGCAAUAAGAAGACCAUCAUCGGCGUUCUGCACUCUUUGCAAGACAAAGAUCCCGAGUAUUACACCGACCAGUUCAUCAAGUCCUUCAUCACGAAGACCUUAUUCGUUGCAGGGACCGACACAUCGACAGAGACAUUGGAGUGGGCGAUGUCGCUGCUGCUAAACAAUCCGGAGGCACUGCAGAAGGCCAGGCUGGAGAUUGAUGCGUGGGUAGCGGAAAAGCGCUUGCUGGAAGAACAUGACCUCCCCAAGCUUCCUUAUCUCAACGGGAUCAUCAACGAAACGCUUAGAUUGUGCCCUGUCGCCCCACUCCUACUACCUCACGAAUCGCAGGAAGACUCCGUCCUCGGAGGCUACGACAUUCCCCGUGGCGCGAUACUAUUGGUCAACGCAUGGGCCAUCCACAGGGAUCCAAACGUAUGGGCGGAGCCGACCAAGUUCAUGCCGGAGAGAUUCUUGGGAGGUAGAGCGGAGCGUGGGAUGGCGCUUCCCUUUGGGAUGGGGAGGAGGAAGUGUCCAGGGGAAGGGCUUGCGAUGAGGGUGACGGGGUUGGCGCUGGGAGCCAUGAUCCAAUGUUUUGAGUGGGAAAGGGUGGGAGGAGAGGAGGUGGACAUGAGCGAAGGGAGCGCGGUGACGCUUCCAAAGGCUAUUCCCCUCGUGGCGAUGUGUCGGCCGCGUCAGAGCACGGCAGAGGUUCUUGGACGGCUUUGAGCCAUGCAUGUUUCAGAUGACGAAGACAAACAGAAUAGCAAAUUGGAUCGUCUUGCUUAAUAUUUUAAAAAAAAAUUCGAACAUCCACAGUAAAUAUAUAUUUUUGUUUAUAUUUUUUACUUUUCCGUAAUUUGGCAGGUUGUAUUGUAAAACUAUAUAAACUACUGUUUAAAAAAAAAUUAUAUCUAGAUUGUCAACAAGAAAUUUAAGAAUUAGAUUAUAGAAAUCUUGUACGAAAAAGGAGGAGGUCAGAGUCUCGAUGUCUGUCUAAUUUUAUCUAAUUUCCUGGCCGAGUCGUCAGCUUGUGGUUAGCUGGAGACUUUUCUUUUA